AGACCCUCUUUAUUUUCUCGGUCAAAGUACCAGUUAAACGUACAAGUCAAAACUCACCUGAAAACUGAACUAUCAAGUAUCAGAAAAUUAGGAAUAUAUAGAGCAAACAGCAGGUACGUCGAACGCUUCGCUGAGUUCAACUUGUAGCAUCACUAGAUGAUUUCAACAUGGCUGCUGGCCAUUUGAUUCCUUAAAACUGCUUUUUGAAAACCAAGCAGCCGGUGAACUUCGACCAAAAACAUUUCAAAUCUAUGUCAUUCGUUUUGUGUUAUCUCGUUAAAAGAUGGCGGCGAAUGAGCGAGGUAUCGAGUCAGGGCUUACCAAGUUCCUCAACGCCAUGUAUCGAUGUUUUCGAAUCAUUUCCAAAUUUCUAAUUUGUUGUCAAUUUUGUGAGUGUAAAUGCAAAACAAAACGAAGAAAAAAUGGAAAUUCGACUCAGAAAGGCAAAACUGCAGGCGCUACAACGGAAGAUCGCUGUACAAUGUGUUCUACGGACUCACAAGAUAGUUUUACUUUCCCAAAACGCUAUAUUUUAGCCAUAAUGACCUUUCUAGGUUUUAUGAAUAUGUAUGCAUUGAGAGUUAACCUGAAUGUAGCAUUAGGAGCAAUGGUCAAUAAUCACACGGUACAAGUCGGAGGAAUGACUUUCUUAAGGACUGCAGAAUUCAAUUGGGAUUCGAAGUUGCAAGGGAUAGUUUUAGGGUCAUUCUAUUACGGUUAUGCAUUUCUACAAAUCCCUGGUGCAUGGCUGGCUCUUCGAUAUGGUGGUACUCGAGUAUUUGGCUACGCUAUAUUCAUGGCAUCGAUGUUUACUUUGCUGACUCCAAUAGCAACUCGCGCUAGUGUUUAUGGUCUCAUAGGGGUACGAGCCGCGGAGGGCCUGGUAUUGGGAGCAGUGUUUCCAUGUAACCAUGCUAUCUGGAGCAAAUGGGCACCUCCUUUAGAAAGAACAACGUUAGUAACUCUGGCAAUAUCAGGUUGUCAUGUUGGAACUAUCAUCACCAUGCCACUCACUGGUUUACUGACAAGAUAUGGCUUCGAUGGUGGAUGGGCAUCGGUCUUCUACUGCUUUGGUGCUGCUGGGAUACUUUGGUUCGCAGCCUGGCAGCUUGUCGUGCACGAGUCACCCGAGGACCACCCGACCAUUUCAGAACAAGAGAAGCAACUUAUCUUGAAAGAAACAGAAUCUAUAAAUAACCCAGAUCCAGUUCCUUGGAAAGCGCUUCUGACGUCAGUUCCUGUGUGGGCUAUUAUGGCCGGGAAUUUAGCAGCAGACUGGGGCCUAUAUACGAUACUUAUCUCAUUACCAAUGUACCUGAUCGAUAUCUUGCAUACAGACAUCCAAACUAUGGGUUUUCUGGCUGCUGCGCCAUUUUUAGUCAAGUCUUUGUCUGGUCCAUUUGGUGGUAUUACCGCUGACCUAUUAAGAAGACGAUGGCUUUCAACACGAUCCGUUAGACGUCUUUAUUAUUCCGUUGGAGCCAUUUUUGCCGGUACAUUCAUAGUUGCAGCCGGUUAUGCAACAAAAGCAACAGUUGCUAUAGCAUUGAUGUGUGUGGGAGUAGCUUCCUCUGGACUAUUGCAUUCUGGGUACAACGUGAACAUGUUGGACGUGGCGCCUACCUAUGCGUGUAUCAUCAUGGGAAUGUGUAAUACUCUAGGGACAACAGCUGGCUUUCUGAGCCCCAUGUUAGUAGGGUAUAUCACUGCUGAGAAG